UUUGUGUGAUAUGAUAAUAAAGGUGGCGAACAAGAAAAGGCAGAGUACUCGGUGAGAAUAGCAGGGGAGCGGUUGUGCGUCAGUUGGUGAUGAUGGGAGAAGAAGGUUCAUUGCCGCCGCCUGCGGAAGAGGAGGCGCCAUUGAUGUUGUCAGAUGUUCGUCGAGAAAGGGAGAUGUCGGCUAUGGUUUCAGCUUUGACUCAUGUUGUUGCAGGCGAUGUACCUGCAGAUGAUGAGGAGAAUUCAGGAAAUGAAAACUCGGAUGGCUUUGGUUCAAGUAAUAUAGGGCAAAAGAGAGGAAGGGAAGAACUGGAAGGUGGCGUUACCGGCUGCGGCGGAGGGAUGGCGGUUGAGUCUGUAACUAAAAUUUCUACGCAGUUUGGCAACUUCGCACGUGGAGUGUCGUCUUCCAACAUGGCAGCACAAUUGGUCCCAACAUACGAAUACAACAGCAACGAGAACUACAGGGAAGAACCGAGGAGAAGAUACAGGGGAGUGAGACAGAGGCCAUGGGGCAAAUGGGCAGCUCAGAUACGCGACCCUAUUAAAGCAGCUAGAGUUUGGUUAGGCACAUUCAACACCGCCGAGGACGCAGCCAGAGCCUACGAUGAAGCCGCCUUUCGCUUCAGAGGUAACAAAGCCAAACUCAACUUCCCUGAAAACGUCAAACUCAGAACACCUCCACCCAAUCAUACAAAUUUCUCCGUUCCAACGUCAACGGACCCGAUUGUUCACUCUCGGUCUCAUCACAUGGUCCCAAAUCCUCAAGUUGCCGGCGGAUAUCAGGACUAUUCUCAACUUUUCUUGAGUUCUUUCAACAAUGAUUUUCCAAGACGACAGCAGCAAAACCAGCCCAUGUAUCCAUACGACCAAAUAGUUUGGUCAGGUUUUUCUUCGGUAGGUUCUCAUGCACAAGCGUCAUCCUUGUCUUCUUCUUCACCGUCGAUUUCACAACCUGUUGUUUUUCCCAUUCAAACGUCGGGUCAUCAGCUCAACUUAGGUAACAAUCAUGGUGGCGGAGUUGGAGAUUUUUCUUUGCGUUCUCGGUCAUUUGAUUCUAGUCAUUACAAAUCCACCUCUAAAUAGUGUCAUAUAUAUUGUUUUAUUGUUGUCAG